AUGGAUCACUCGAAGCCACGUCAGCAGCAGCAGAGCAAUUGUGAGCAGGGGCAGCAGAAUACACAGCCAUGGAGAACAUCUGAUGCACUGGAGGGGCGGAAAGUAGCAAUGCAGGAGUUGGAAGAAUACGAGCAGGGGACAGCAGCACCUGUGUGCCCAGAUACGACAUCUGGUGGUGAGGGUCAGUUCAAACCAGUAGUGCCAUUGCAGGCACCACCGGCGAUGUCUGAAACCUCCACAUUGCCACCAUUACAAAACACAAAAGCACACCACGUUGUGCUCCAGCCACAGAAAGACCAGCAGAACGGCACAUUGCAACUGUCUCCUGAAGAGUGGCCAACACCCCGAGAGUUGCAGACACGAGGCCGCCGCCGCCGUUCACGACAGGAUCCCAACUCACCACAGCAGCAGCGGUCAGCUACGACAUCUCCCAGAACAGUGCAGCACCACAACAAGGACUCAUCUGUGCUCUGCACACAACAGGAUUCACCUGCUAAGCCAGAGCACCACACGGAAGUGAGUACCACAAAUCAAGAAAACAUGAAUGCUGCUGAUUCAACUGUAAAAACCUUAGAAGUACCAUCCGAUGCUAGCAACCAGAGGGUAGAACAAAAUGAGGAGGGAUGCAAAGAGGAGGGUAUGCCGACUCAAACGUGCAGCACUCCAUCUACCCUCUGUGAAGAGCCUAUUGACGCCUGCCCACAACCCAGCACUGGUCAACAGCAGAUAGAUUACAUACCGUCUUCCGGAGCCUCAACACCGGUACCAAUAGCGAGCGAUUCCAAGCCUGGACCAGACAGUUCCUCACAAUUUCCAACAACUACAAAUUCACCCAGUAAUGCUCUCCCAGAUAAGAACAACCUUCCAGAUAUGGAUUUGUUAUGUGGACUUACUGUCCAUCCAAAUAAAUCAGUUUCAAAUCCAGAACAUUGGAGUACUGAUGUGAACCCAUCAACGUUUCAAUUAUCUGAAGUACCGUAUGAAAGUAUCCAAAAUUAUCCUUAUCCAAAUAAUUUACCACCCACGACCCAAAAAACUGCAUCCACACAUGGAGAAUGUGUUUUGCCAAAUGUUGCAAUGUAUGGAAUCUUUCUGAGACCCAGUGAAGUUUCACCCUAUUACAAUUAUCCCAAUGUACAUAACAACCCUGCAAGGUAUGCCACAUCACCACCAUUUUACUGCCCUCCAUCAUCGCAGAGUACACCGAUGAACUACUAUCCAGCACCACCCUACCAACCGCGGCCAACACAGCAGCAGGGGGGAAAAAUUGUGGAGCCUCAGUUAGCAGUGAAUCAGCAACACCUGUCUGGAUUACAGCAGCAAACGAUGGUGCAAGGCCGACAAGGGGUGUAUCCGCAUCAGACGCCAGAUGGUGACCAAAUACCAGUGCUGCAACAACAUUCACCAGUGGCUCAGCAGCAACAUACGCUCGUGCCACUUCAGUGGACACCGAGCUACCAGACGCCACCUGUGUCCCAGGAAAGAUAUGUGAUGCAGUACCAGCCACCGAGCACACAGUAUGAGCCACAGCAAUUAAUAGCAUCCCAGCAGUACCCACCCCCAACCAUGCAGCAGUACCCACCCCCAACCAUACAGCAGUACCCACCCCCAACCAUGCAGCAGUACCCACCCCCAACCAUGCAGCAGUACCCACCCCCAAACAUGCAGCAGUCCCCACCCCCAACCAUGCAGCAGUCCCCACCCCCAACCAUGCAGCAGUCCCCACCCCCAACCAUGCAGCAGUACCCACCCCCAACCAUGCAGCAGUACCCACCCCCAACCAUGCAGCAGUACCCACCCCCAACCAUGCAGCAGUACCCACCCCCAACCAUGCAGCAGUACCCACCCCCAACCAUGCAGCAGUACCCACCCCCAACCAUGCAGCAGUACCCAACCCCAACCAUGCAGCAGCAACCACAGUUGCAACAGCAUUUUCCACCUACAAAGAAUGAGCAACUGGCAUCUCAGCAUUACCCACCUGCCACCAUCUACCAGCAGCUACCGUUGCAGCAGCAGCAGCAGCAGAAAUUUCCAUGUACAGAAAACGAGCAAGUGCCCUCUCAACAGUUACUGCCAUACCACCAGUACCAAACAGUGUCUCAGCAGCAGAUGCUGCAAAUGAAGUCUCAGGUACCAGUUACCUAUCCAGUGCCAGAAACAUCACAACAGCAGAGUGUGAUCCAGUUACAACAGGGAGUGGAGCAGCAUACGCCACCGGUCUCACGUUUACCGGUUCCUGAGGAUUUGACAGAGGAAAAUCAUCAGAAAAAUGCUGUGGACCAAGAACAAAUGCUACACCCACCACAAAAUCAGAAAUCAAUGACGGACGAGCAGUGUCUACUAUCAACACACAAAGCAUCGCCUGAAGCUGAAGAGUCGCCUGAAGCUGAAGAGAGGCAAGCAGAAGUUCGGGAGACUCACGGACUAGAGAGACCACCUCGCCCGCUGAGGCCUUGGGUGUCAGACGUGGAAGCUGCUAUGAUUCGUGGACAGGCACCGGUCGGGUCACCAGCCCCCGUGGUGUCAGCUACAGCACCUGCCUUACCAAUUCAACCCGACUUCCGGAGACCGCCACCACCCAUCAAAUUUCUGGCCACUGCACAAGGAGUCAAUCAACCCACGAGACCGGCCCCGGCUCAACAGUAUCGUGCGAAUGGUGCCCAUUGGCCAGAACAGUACCAGGUCCCGCCGAGGAUGCUUAAUAAUCCUCACAGGAAACAAAAUUGGACAAAUCCACCACCAGUGGGAAUCCCAUCUCGCCGAGGUCGAGGAGGUUCUCUUAUUAACAGUGUUGGUCGGCCAAUACGGGGGCGUGGAGCCAGACUUCCAGGUUUAAAUGGUAGUGACUCUGAGCAGAGGGUCUCUGGGGUGCAGAACCAGUGCUCUAACAUGAAUGGUCACGGGCAAAUGCCUGAUCCUCUUCCUCACAGCGUCAGGAGUGACGCAGCUGUGACUACAUCAAAUGAGAGUACCCAUUUUGAACAACAACGGAAAAACGAUUCACCAAAGGAGCCAUGCAGCAGUUCCUCAGAACUCCACUGCCAGGAAGAAAAUACCAACACAGAAAUUCUGGGGCAGGACCAACAUGACUCUGCUGUCAAUGUUAACACACAAAAAUGCAUUCAGCUUGCUCAAGGUCGUAGACAACGCAGAGGCACAUAUCGUGGCAGAAAUGCAUUCCAUGUAGGACGAGUUAUAACACCUACACAUACAACUGACAACAUAAAAAGUGACGAAGCAAGAACGCUGAGCAGCUCUGACAGCUGA